CGUCCGUCAGUCAGUCCGUUCGUCAGUGUGUUCAGAGAGGAAACUUUCUUCUUUAGACUCCGCACAGUCGACGAGAUUUGCAGUUUUCCCAAGCACGCACCGCUCCAUCUGUUUGGAUUACUGGCUUCUGCGACUCCAAAGAACAUAAACUGCAAAGCUUUUUCGGAACGUGUAGCCUAUUUGUGCGGUUUCCCCAAUUUGUGCGUGAUUGCAAGAGUCACUGUAGGCUACUGCGCGCGGCUUCCGGAUAUAUGACUGUUAUUACUGUAUCUCUCGCGCAAGAGCGCACUUUGCGGAUUUUCUCCUUUCACGGCGUUUUAAACCGGUAAACUUGGUUUGAAUCUGACAUUGGUUUUGUUUUUUUAAGGGGAAGCUCCAGCAUGAAGACACGCACGUAAGAGUGAAGAUUUUCCCUGAUGAAAGGAAAAGAGCGUUCAGCUCGAGUUCAAUAGGGACACUUCCUGAUGAUGACAGUAAACAUGGAUGGCGGUCUCCAAAAUGGACCCGGACAGCACAAGAACUUACAAGAUGAUGAAGAGGCGCUCAACUCCAUAAUGAAGGACCUGGCAGCUUUACGCUUCUGUUACCAGCUCAAGAGCAACAACACCAACAAGCCCAAGAGCAGGACCCAGGCCUACAGACAGGAUUUACGGGUGAAGUUGGAGCACGAGCGGGAAAAACGAAUCAUCCCGUUCCAGAGACCACUUAAGUUCAAAGACCUGCUUCAGAAGGUGAUAGAAGCCUUUGGCCAGCAAAUGGACCUUUACUACACAGAUAAAGAGAUGUUGGUGGCUCUGAAGUGUCAGGAGGAUUUGGACAGAGCUGUUCAGGCUUUGAGCUCCAGUUCUGGAAUUAACAACCUGCUGAGAGUGAUUUUGAAAACACCUCCCAACAACCAAUUCCUGCAGGUUAGCGGCCAAGACAAACAGAGUGAGAUGCGGUCAUCCAGGUCUCUGGGAGAUCUCAAAGCCUCGGUUCUCAAAGGCUCUGAACGAGUGCGCAAACACUCUACAGGCUCUCUGAACACGGGCCGCACCUCUCCUCCUCCAGGCAGCGUACCAGAAGAACAGCAGCAGAUCGCUCGGCAGGGGUCCUACACCAGUAUUCACAGCGAGGGAGAGUUCAUCCCUGAAAUGCUCGACUCGAACAUUAUGGAGCCAUUUGGGAGUGCUAAUGGGUCACUUUCCAGCAGCUGUCAAUCACUGGACCAAGCGCUAGACAGCCCGCCGUUCUCUCAGAACAACCGGGACAACAAUUACCUGAACCUCAGCUAUGAAUACAAAGGAUGUCAUGGGAAACACGGCACCUUCCCACGCCAAUUCCACGUGUCCAGUCGUAGUAAAGACUAUGGUGACGGCCGAAGAACUUUUCCUCGAAGUUUUAUGCCCCAGGAAAACCUGUUUCAGCUGGUCCCCUCCAGCCGUACACACAGCUAUAAUGAUGAAAGCACUUUGUUAUACAGUGGAGAUAUGCACUCUAUCAGCUGGACCGAGAAAAGCAGCCAGCGCAGUGCUCCCAAAUCCCCAAGGGCACCGGUAAACUGGCGUCAAGGGAAACUCCUCGGUCGUGGAGCCUUCGGCGAGGUCUACCUCUGCUAUGACGUCGACACGGGACGCGAGCUGGCAGCCAAGCAGGUGCCCUUUGAACCUGACUGUCAGGAGACAAGCAAAGAAGUGAAUGCACUGGAGUGUGAGAUUCAGCUUUUGAAGAACCUCCGUCAUGAUCGUAUUGUUCAGUACUAUGGCUGUUUGCGUGAUCUGGUGCAGAAAAAGCUGUCCAUCUUCGUGGAAUUCAUGCCAGGGGGCUCUAUAAAAGACCAGCUGAAGGCAUAUGGAGCUCUAACUGAGAAAGUCACCCGCAGAUACACCAGACAGAUCCUCCAGGGAGUCCACUAUUUGCACAGCAACAUGAUCGUACACAGAGACAUCAAAGGCGCUAACAUUCUGAGGGAUUCCUCUGGAAAUGUAAAGCUGGGAGAUUUUGGAGCUAGCAAACGCAUUCAAACCAUAUGCAUGUCCGGGACUGGAAUCAAAUCGGUCACUGGCACCCCCUACUGGAUGAGCCCGGAAGUCAUUAAUGGAGAAGGAUAUGGACGUAAAGCAGACGUCUGGAGUGUGGCUUGCACUGUUGUAGAGAUGCUAACACUAAAACCACCAUGGGCUGAAUAUGAAGCAAUGGCAGCCAUUUUCAAGAUCGCAACCCAACCCACUAAGCCAAACCUGCCCGAGGGUGUGUCCGACGCAUGCAGGGACUUUCUACGGCAGGCUUUUGUGGAGGAGAAAUGGCGACCCACUGCCGAGGGCCUUCUCAGUCACCCUUUUGUCCAGGGCAGCUUCUGAGACCGUCACCAUUUUACAACUGUAGGGGCUCUCUGGAAUCCCCAGGGAUUAACAUACACCUUCCCAUGGACAAUCACCACUCUGCCUUGCAGGGACAGGAGAAACCCUCAAACCAGCCAACUGAGAACACAGUAGCCCAUUAUGAGACAAAGUGUAUCUCAGAUCUCCCUAAUCUAACACAAUUGAAAAAAAGGUCCUAAUAUCAUGUUAAGAUGCAGCAAUAAAGAAAAUUGUGGACAGCAAAUCCAUCAAAACUGAUAGCACUUCCUGUUAUCUUGUUAACCUGAAUCUUGUAUGACUAGGGAUUGCAGCAGCUAUGAUAGUGUGUCAUGGUAUGGCAUGGCUUAAGGUCCAGCACUUUGUCUGAUAUGCUUAUUCAUUCACCAACAACAAAAAAUAGCACAAACUUAGCUUACUAAACCCCAUCACCCAAAUGCAAGUAUGCAAGUUCUGGUUGCUUUAGCUAUCAUUUACUCAAAUAGUAAAAAUUACCAAAAUGCACAUCCCUACCAGCAAGUUUUGAAAGUGCCAUUGUGAAAAGCAUUCUGCUUCAAAUUGGAUGGUUUACACACAUUAAUGCAAGUUGACAUUCUUUGAUCCCCAGAGGUCAAGCCACAUGCACUGUGGGGUUGCUGGACAAAUCACACAAGGUCUGAAUUUGGCACAAAUGUACUAGAGCAUCCUUUUAAACCAUGUGAAGGUGGUAAGAUUUAAAUAUGUGGUCUUUUUUAGAUUGAACAGAAUUAAUUUGGUCAUAAAAGAGAGUUGAUUUGUAUUAUGGCUUAUGUACCUCUGAACCCCUGGGUCCAAUCCUUUAAAUCAAGUGUCAUUGAAAGACCUUGUGGAGCUAAUAGUGAAAUAUGUACUGUACAAUACUUGUUUGAGUAAUUUUUGUUAAGAUUACUGUGUUUGAUGGUUAGAAUCUAACCAAAUAAGAAUGACACAGAAUAAGACACGAAACCACCAAAGUGGUGAGUAUGUAAGAAAGAGAAAUUAUUUAGCGUCUAAAUGUCUUUUCAGCAAAUGAAGACUGUAUAAACACAUCUUUUUAUAUAGUGUAAAGUUUGUUUAGUUAAAGUUGGUCUUGCAACUCUUUACCCAGAGUUAAUCACUGUAAAUAUAUCCCCAUUGCACUCUUUGACUUAUGGAUAGAGCAACAGCACAUAAGAUAAUCAGCUGAGAUUAAAGAAAUAUUUUUAUAAAAAUAAAAAAAAAUAUUCAAAUGUUUGGAAUGACAGUCCCAAUCUUUUUGUAUUAUAAAAAUUGCCCUAAAGUGUCAAAGCAAUAUUUCAGCAAAGACUACUAUGGCUGGUGUUUAAGAAUUCUCAUACUGUUCGGUCAGUCGCAUACAACCAAAGAGCAAUGAUAUGCUUGAAUUAUGAAUUUGCUAAAUUCAGAACUGUCCAUCUGUUUACCAGUGUUGUUGAAACAGUCACUUUUUUUUGACUCCAACGUGUUUUUGUAACUUCUCUCUGGCGGCUUAUAUUGAUUUUAUUUCCUGAUGUGCAAAUUCAUUGUCAUUAUGCCAUUAAGACACAAUGUAACACAUGUUAAACAUGGUUUUUAGUUGCCAUAUUCACUGUUUAAGUCAGUGUAUUUUACAUUUUAUAAAACUUGAUACAAUGAAGUGAUAACGUUCAGAACACAAGAACUUCAAAUACACCACCAGCAAAGAACAAACAAAAGGUCUGUUCAUGAUGUUGCCUUUAGUGCCUUCUCCAAUUCCCUUUUAUGAGAGGUCAGUAAUUUUUUGUAACAAUUGUAAGAUGAAUGUGUAUUCUGAUGUCCUUUAGAUUGUUUCAGUGAUGCUCUAAAAUCUAAAGGCUCUAAAAAAUGGACAUGCUGUACUUGCUAAAGGUGUUUUCCUGAAAACAAUGGUAUUGUAAAUACAUAAUGUACCGAGCUGUUAUAUCUAUUAUAUCGAAAGUACCUUAGUCACAGUAUAUUAUAAAGAUUGUGGAGAGGUUUGGGUUUUAGAUUAUCUCAGCUGAGAGUAAACAUGAAUGACAUCAUUGAAUUUUGAGGGGCAAAAAAAUUAAGAUAUUAUGUGCUGCCUUGAUUUAAAAAAAAAAAAAAAAAGGCUGAAAACAUUUUCUUCUACAUGAUUUUGUACAUUGGAAUAAAAACAUUUCUCAAAAUUCAGUCU